AUGAUCUCUGAUGCAUCAUCUCCAAUGGAUGCAGCUGGUGGUUUAUCAGAUGAAGACAUGGCAUCACCAAAUGACCAAGACCUUGACUUGCCACCUGACAUUGCAAUGGAUGGCCAUGAUGACCCAAUAUCACAACCAUUGGCGAUUCCCAUUGGUACAUGGUCAAUCCUUGAGCUUAAUGAUACAGCUCGAUCGGAUGUAUGCCAUCAACAAAUUGACUUUUGCGACGAAGAAUGCGGUGGUUCCGAUCAAGUCUCCCUAAACUUUUGCAAAGAAGAUACCAUGGAAUGGGGAUGCAAUUGCAAGAGCAAGAUCCCUGAAUGUGCACCUUAUCAAUGGCCAGUGACGGUGGCUGAAUGUCGAGGCCGGGAAACCAAAUGUCAAGAAGGAUGCACCGAUUCCGUCACGCAAGAAUUGUGCAAAGAUGGUUGUAGUGAGUACUUUCGAUGUCAACGACCUGGUGGCCCUGCCAGUCAACUUCGUUCCGAAUCAGUCAACAACGCAUCAGCAGCAUCCAUGCACGAUGACGCUCAUCCAUCAAGUGCAGCAACUACUCUUCUUAUACAACAUCAGCAAAUACUACUAUCCUCCAGCAAAAUAAUGAUAAUGACUAUCGUUUGGGUGAGCAUCUUCAUCCAUUAUUGA